GAUCCUCCCUCCGGUCCAAAUGUCCCGCUCCGCAGUCUCUCUAUCCACACAGAACCAGAUGAACCCUGAAACAAACAUGUUCUCCUGCCAGAGCUUCAUCUUCAGCCUCACGCUGCUCGCCGCUGGAUUUAACCUCCUGAGCUCAGCAGUCCCUCUGCCCUCUGAAGAUUCAAUUAUGGACAACAGCAGCGACCGGCAGAACGGAUCCACCUUUCUGUACUUCGCUUACGGCAGCAACCUUCUGAAGGAGCGGCUGCAGCUGAAGAACCCAUCAGCCACCGUCUACUGCGUGGCCAAACUCAAGGAUUAUAAACUGGUCUUCGGGAAUCAUAAAGGACUGGCGAGUCAGCGCUGGCGCGGCGGCGUCACGACCAUCGAACACAGCCCAGGGGACGAGGUUUGGGGCGUCGUGUGGAGGAUGAACAUGUCGGAUCUCGAGUCCCUCGACAGGCAGGAGAACGUGAAAAUGGGCACCUACAGCCCAGUGGAGGUGAACGUCUCCGCCAGCAGACAGGACCUCAGCUGUCGGACGUAUAUCAUGAACAGCUGCGUUUAUGCACCACCUUCACCGCAGUAUCUACAGGUACGGUCUCCUGCGCGCUUUAACAAGUCACAGAAAUACGGCUUUUAUCAGGACUAAAGCUUCGUUUAGAAC